GUUAAAAAUGAUUUACAUUGUGAUACUUCGCCAAAUUGUUUUUUGAUACACCAUUGAUAGUUAUGAGGAUCUUUCAAGAUGGCUCCACCUAAAGAUAACAAACAGGGGCAAGAUUCUCAAAACAAGCAAGCAGAACCUACACCAGAAGGAUCUGGAACUGGUCGUAACUCACGCUCUCCAACUGCAGGCCCUUCUGGAAGAACAACUCCAACAACUACUUCAUCAGCCGAAGCUGGACCUUCAACAGCUACUGGCGAAAUACCACGAUCCCCUCCUAAUCAAAAUACAACGUCUGGUUCACCACCCGAGCGUCAAACAUCAACAGUAACUCUCACAAGACUCACGCUUCCAAGAACAGCUAGUAAUCGAUCAAUAGCCAGUGCACCUUUAAUAGACCCUGGACCGUCAAGAGAUAUCGCUUCAAUAGCUGGUUCCUCAGUCUAUAGUGCUGAACUAGAAGCAUAUAGUAGCGUCCCCCGUAACUCUGUUGCCUCUGGAUUUCCAAGCAGACAAACAGGUACAUCCAGAUAUGUGUCAAGUAAUGAUCCGUCUUUUUCAAGUCGAAGUGUUAGCCAAUUGGAAUACGCACAGAGAAGACACGCGGAUUUAAGCAGAGGACGUAUUCAAUUGGAUGAAGGUAGAAGCCAAUCGCCCAGCUUGUAUACUUUGGACAGAGAAUUGAAGAAUUACAUAGUGAAACGAGAGAGCACUUCAUAUCAGUAUUAUCCUGGAACUGAAAGAACGGUUUUCGAUUACAUCUCUGAAAGAACCGAUAUGUAUAAUACUAAUCUUGUUGAGUCAACCGCUCAUUUGAUCAAGGGCAGCGUUGGUGCGGGAGUGCUGACGAUGCACGAAGCAUACAUGAUUGGAGGAAUGUGGACUUCGAUGGCUGCUACGGUAGGCUUCGGACUACUGAUAGCAUACACUAUGUUAAGGAUAUCGAAGUUAUCGUACCCUGACUUGGCGGAAGCUGCUGCAGCGACUGCCCCUUGGGCUCGUGUCAGAAGAUACAGCAAAGUAUUCAGAUAUAUAGUCGACUGCACCAUAUUUAUCGAAAUGUGUGGAACUUGUUGUAUUUACCAAAUCAUUAUUGCGUUCACAUUAAAACAGAUGACGGAAGGGUUACAGACUUCAUUUAAUACAACUAUAUGGCCUACAUUGUUCGUUGACAUACGAAUGUACAUUCUGAUGAGUGCCCCACUUUUAAUUCCAUUGUGUCUCAUCAGGAGUAUCAAGUUUAUGGCACCAUUUGCUAUGUUGGCUGAUAUUUUUGUUGCUAUUUGUGUAAUGACAACAUUGUACUAUAGUCUAAUCUCAUUUAAUGACGAUAUCGCUAACAGGCCGGCCUGGAAAGACUUCCAAGGUUUUGUAAAAAUUUGUGCUAUAAGCUUGUACAGUACCUCUGGAAUAUGUGUUGCCCUUCCAGUUGAGAACCACAUGAAGAGACCACGACAAUUUCCUCAUGCCUUAAAAUAUGCAACGUUAGUAGUGAUAAUUUUAACGGUAUUGACUGGAGUUUUCGGAUACUGGGCUUGGGGUGAAGAGUGUAAAAGUCCAAUUACAAUACACAUGCCACUAGAUACGUUCACGACAGUUCUUCAAUGCCUUCUUGUGUUGAUGCUGAGCACUACGUUUGCUGUACAAUUCUGGGUGCCCUUUCGAAUAGUUUGGCACUAUAUCAUGAAAAAUUACAAAAGCAAACAAGCCUUAUGGGAAAGACUAUUUCGUCUGGUCAUGGCUAUUGUAGUGACGUGUGUUACCAUGGUAUUUCCUCAUCUGAUUCCAGCUGUGGUUUUCUUAGGACAGUUCUGUUUAGGUUUCAUUGGACUAGUGUUUCCAGCAUUUAUAGAGCUCAUGGUCGAUUGGGAAGAACUACUUUAUUCUAAAAAACUCAGGUCGUAA